AUGCUUUCUUCGUAUCUUAAUUAUGCCCUUUUGGCACUUCUCUCUUCAGUAACGCUGGCAACCAGCACUCCCGACCAUGACCGCAUUAAAAACUGCUAUCAACGUCAUAGCACAUCAAACCACUCAACCAAAGCCAGCAAAAACAUCUACAACACCUCAUUCCCCCGCGUAACAUGGGACAACGACAAUUGGCUCCUCAGCACAACCAAUCUCGACCAAGGCCACUACCAAUCUCGCGGAUCCGUAGCAAACGGCUAUCUCGGCAUCAACGUCGCUGCCGUCGGCCCGUUCUUCGAGAUUGACCUCGACGAAGAAGGUGGCGUCAUCAACGGCUGGCCGCUCUUCUCGAGGCGUCAGACCUUUGCUACCAUUGCGGGCUUUUACGAUGCGCAGCCAAAGACGAAUGGAACGAAUUUUCCGUGGCUUUUGCAGUAUGGCUAUGAGAGUGUCAUCAGUGGUGUUCCGCACUGGAGUGGGCUUAUUCUCGAUCUUGGAGAUGAUGUGUAUCUUGAUGCGACGGUGGAUAAUCGGACCGUUCAUAACUUUACGUCUACCUACGACUUUAAAGCUGGAGUUUUGGAGUGGUCGUAUACUUGGAAGCCAAAGGGGAAGGGGUCGUAUGAGAUCAAGUACCGACUGUUCGCGCACAAACUACACGUCAACCAGGCUAUCGUGGAUCUAACAGUCGUUCCAUCCAUCGACUCCGAAGCGACGGUUGUCAAUGUGAUUGAUGGAUACUCGGCAGUGCGCUCAGAUUUUGUCAAGUCAGGCGAGGAUGAUGACGGCGCCAUAUUCUCAGCUGUACGACCAAACGGGAUCGCCAACGUGACCGCUUAUAUCUACGCACAAGUCAACGGAUCGAAGUCGCUAGACCUAUCCCGUCGCAAAUUGGUCCAUGGAAAGCCGUAUGUGCACACCAACGAAUCAUCCAUCGCACAAGCCAUUCCUGUCAAGUUCUCCGCUGGUGUCCCUGUUCAGAUCACCAAAUACGUGGGUGCCGCUUCCUCUGACGCCUUUGAUGAUCCUGAAAAGACCGCAAAGGAAGCUUCACGUAAAGCGAUAGAGGAAGGAUACGAGAAGACUCUUCUUUCCCAUGUCAAGGAGUGGGAGAGCGUCAUGCCGAGUGACUCUGUGGAUAGCUAUGCCUCUCCCGAGAACAAGACACUCCCUGGUGAUGAGUACAUCAUCGACUCUUCCAUCAUCGCCGUCACAAACACCUACUACCUCCUCCAAAACACAGUCGGCAAAAAUGCACAGAAGGCAGUAUCAGGAGCCCCCGUCAACGUCGACAGUAUCUCCGUCGGCGGGCUUACAUCCGACUCCUACGCCGGCCUAAUCUUCUGGGACGCAGACCUCUUCAUGCAACCCGGUCUCACAACAUCGCACCCCGAAGCUGCUCAGCGUAUAACGAACUACCGCGUGGCCAAGUACGAUCAAGCCAAGAAGAACAUCGCGACUUCUUAUGCUGGGUCUCAAAACAAGACCAAGUUCUCUGACUCAGCGGCUGUAUAUCCCUGGACUAGUGGAAGGUUCGGGAAUUGUACUGCUACUGGUCCUUGCUGGGAUUAUGAGUACCAUCUGAAUGGCGAUAUUGGAAUCUCUUUGGUAAAUCAGUGGGUUACGAGUGGUGAUACCGACUUCUUCAAGGAGACGCUGUUGCCGAUCUAUGACUCGGUUGCGAACCUCUUUGCGGAUUUGUUGAAGCCGAAUGGGUCAUCGUGGACUAUCACGAACAUGACUGAUCCGGACGAGUAUGCGAACCACAUCGACGCUGGCGGCUUUACCAUGGCACUUGCUUCCGAGACCUUGAUCCAGGCCAACAAGAUUCGCCGACAGUUUGGAAUGACGGAGAACAAGACGCAGGACGAAAUAGCCUCUGAUGUGCUUUUCAUCCGAGAAAACGGCAUAACUUUGGAGUUUACGACGAUGAAUGGCAGUGCUAUCGUGAAGCAGGCUGACGUGGUGCUCAUGAGCUUUCCGUUGGGCUACAACGAUAACUACACUGAUCAGAAUGGACUGGAUGACCUCGACUAUUACGCGAACAAGCAAUCCCCUGAUGGACCAGCUAUGACCUGGGCAAUCUACUCCAUCGUUGCCGAUGAGCUCUCACCGUCCGGUUGCUCAGCAUACACCUACGCACAGUACUCUUACAAGCCCUAUACACGAGCUCCCUUCUAUCAGCUUUCCGAACAGUUGGUCGACAACGCGACCACAAAUGGUGGCACGCAUCCGGCAUAUCCCUUCCUGACUGGGCAUGGAGGCGCUAACCAAGUGACUAUCUUUGGAUACCUCGGCCUACGACUCAUUCCUGAUCAGGGCCUUCAUGUGAAUCCGAACCUACCGCCUCAAAUUCCGUAUCUCAAGUAUCGAACGUUCUAUUGGAGGGGUUGGCCUAUCUCUGCUUGGUCGAACUACACGCAUACUGUUAUUUCUCGACAUCCGACGACUAAACCUCUUGAUGUUGCGGAUUCGCGGUACGCCAAUAAGAGCAUUGCGGUCUACGCUGGAAAGCAAGGGGAGUCUGCACUUCAUCAUCUGUCAUUCGACGAGCCUGUUGUCAUCAAGAACAGACAGAUAGGCAGUGUCAACACUGUGCACGGCAAUCUCGCUCAGUGCCGACCGGUCAAGUCUUCCAACUCCUACGAGCCAGGGCAAUUCCCCCUCGGAGCUGUGGACGGAGCUACCUCGACAAAGUGGCAGCCCUCCAAGGCCGCUGAGAUCAGCUCACUGACUGUAUCCCUUGCGAGAAAGGAUGUUGGAUCUGAGGUCAAGGGCUUCUAUUUCGAUUGGGCCGAUGCACCACCUGUCAACGUCACAGUUCUGUUUCACAACAAGACCAUUGAUGAUCCGGCCAAGGUCUAUGGGACAUCAAGCCAUGACUCGGGAUAUGAUGUCGUUGUGUCUAUAAAGAAAGUCAAGCUCUCGGAUGCAUACAACGCCAAGACGGAUAAUCUGGAUGCAGUCGUCAUGCCUACUGGGAACACUACCAAUGUCACUCUUCCAGAUCCUGUUCCUUUAUCUCGAUACGCCACGUUGUUGAUCGCGGGGAACCAGGCAUUGGAUGCGGUGGAUGUCAAGGCUGGGAAUGGUACGGGCGCGACGGUCGCCGAGUGGGUUAUCCUUCACUGA